AACCUGUAAAGAGAUACGCUUACCGGAGGGCGGGCUAAUAGCUGAAGACAAUCGAGGAAAUAAUGUAUUGCGCAUAACUUGAACGCGAGAGUCAAGAAUAAGAUCAUUUCCGUUUCUUAAUAGGCUAGGUAAUCUAAUUAUCAGAUGAAGAAAAUUAACUACGAUUCAUAUCUAUAUAUGUAAAGAAUAACGUUUCACUGUUGCUGUUGGGUUGUUUUUAUAUCAUGCAUUUUUGAUAUGCUUAGCAAGAAUUGAGUUUCGUCCGUGGGAACACCUCAAACCCCUUGAGUCACCUGUGUGAAUUUGGGGAAAGCAAUAGGAAGCAAGUGGAGUUAAGAAAACACCGGGAACGCUGGAAUAGUUUUUCUUGCAGUAAUGUCUAUGCCACCAACCUUUGGUUUCACGCAAGAGCAAGUUGCCUGUGUCUGUGAAGUCCUGCAACAAGGAGGGAGUAUUGAACGCCUGGGACGUUUUCUGUGGUCCUUGCCUGCUUGCGAACACCUUCACAAGAACGAGAGUGUGCUCAAAGCAAAAGCAGUGGUCGCUUUUCAUCGAGGCAACUUCAGGGAGCUUUAUAAAGUACUAGAAAGUCACCAGUUUUCUCCGCACAACCAUCCCAAGCUGCAACAGCUCUGGCUGAAAGCGCACUACAUCGAGGCAGAAAAGCUCCGCGGUCGCCCUCUCGGCGCGGUUGGAAAGUAUCGCGUCCGCAGAAAGUUUCCUCUGCCUCGUACCAUAUGGGAUGGAGAGGAGACAAGUUACUGCUUUAAAGAGAAGAGCCGCUGCGUACUCAAAGAGUGGUACUCUCACAACCCGUACCCUUCCCCAAGGGAAAAAAGAGAAUUGGCCGAGGCUACAGGUCUUACAACCACGCAGGUUAGCAACUGGUUCAAGAACCGAAGACAGAGAGACCGCGCUGCAGAGGCAAAGGAAAGGGAAAAUGAAGGCACAAAUCAAAACGGGCACAACCUACUGACGUCUCAAAUGAACGAAAACAAAUCUCAGUGUGAAAGUUCGGACGACGACAAAUCUCCAGUCGGGACCCCGGAUCACACGUCCAUGAGCCCUGCUAUGCUCAUGCCCUCCAGCUCGGGCCUGCCACCCCUCCACAGCUUUGCCCCUCCGCCGGGCCCCAGUGCAAUACCUGUCAGUGGCACGGACACCCACCACCUCCAUCAGCAGCGCAAUCACCACCACCACCUUUCCAUGCACGACAGCCUUCUCAACCCCAUGGCGGCCAGCCUGGUGGAUCUAGGCUCGUAAGAACUCGGAGGUUUAAAACCCGUGCGCAACGAGGGCAUACGUACUGCGCUUAAAGACCACUUGCUAUUAAACCAAAGAUGAUGAAGACAAACAUGUAUUAAUUUCCCAAUUGUUAUACAUCAAAUAACAUUUGUUGCAUAACCAGCUUUGACGAAAUGUAUGUAUUUGGACGACUUGUAGUCUUAUAAACCAAUAGCCGAUUUCAAACAAAGACCAACAAAAGGAAGGUAUCAUCCACGUUAUGCACUAUACGCGAAAGAUAAGGAACUUUCCAUUGUAUAAUGAAUCAUUAUAAAUCAGCUGAUAGUUUUUUGAUA